AGUAAUUAGUAAUAAGUAAUUAAAUACUUUUUGAAGAGAGUAAUUUGUACAGUAAUCUAAUUACAUUAUCGAAUGUGUAAUUAGUAAGUAGUAAUUAAUUACUUUUCAGAGUAACUUACCCAACACUGCCGAGCAUCAUGAUUCUGUGCCCUCUGUCACGGCAGGAACACCAGAGAAAGAUAGCUUUACCCGUCCAUGAGAAAGUGACGCGUACACACCGAAUGACACAAAGCAGACUGACAAAGGAGGUGAAAGACACAGCAGUCUCACGAACUCCUCAACAAGAAAACCCGUCACGGAGGAUCUAUAUGCUUAAAGACCUUCAUAUUGAUAAAGGAAGCAUGAAGGAAUACAUCACGAAGAAACGUGAGCUGUUCUUAAUGGAAUAUUCUCUGGCUGUUAAGAGAGGAGAGAUUCAGCUGCUGGAGCAAAAGGCUAUAGAGGAAGAAAGAAAAUUGAUAAGAGCUGAGAAGUUUCUGGAAGAGAACACCAUCUUGUUUGAAGACUUUCUCAAAGAAAAUGAUAAGAACUCAGUGGAGGCUAUCAACAUUGCUGAGCAGGAGAUGAAAGUGAAGCUGUAGAAAAUAACAGAAAUCAAGAAGUUCACCUCCAAAAUAGUGGCGGUCAAGAGUGAUAUCGCGAAGUAUGAGGACAUGUUGAAUGAGUAUAAAAAGUAUGAAGAGUUUCUACUGAUGCUCUCACAGCCAGAGAGAUCCAAGAGUACGAGCUCUGGUGACGCGCAAGCUAUGAGUGAUGGGAAACAUACAGAAAAAAUCAAAAAGACUUCAGUGCCUUCAGACAGAAGAUCUGGAGGAAGCCGAGUGAUUCGUGAGCUUUCAUCCUCUCGGGAGACUUCAUCUAGAAACAAGUCCAGCCGUCAGAGCAAUAAAACACCUGCACUUGAGACUGACAGCUCAGAUGGUGAGAAGGAGCCAGAGCUGUUCUUCACGGAUCCUCAGGAGCUGCUGAACGUGAUGGCGGAGCUGGAAGAGCAGACCCUGUCUCUCAUUCAGAACACCAGAGACACAGAAGAGUCUCUGGAGGACUUCAAGCAGACCGCUGAGCUCACCCGAAAAAAGAUAGAGUCUGAAUCCAAACAGCUAAAAGAGCAGACUGAUGUCAUGAUGGACACCAUUCAGCGGGAAACAGAGAGAACAUCACAGCUGGAACAGAGAUGCCAACUUUUCGGCUUUGGCAAGAACAAACCAGAGGACCAGGACAACACUCUUGAGCUUUUGAGUGGUAAAGUUGAGGAGGUGUUUCGCUGCUGCGUGGGGGAAACCGCAGCCAACCUGAGCAUUCUGCAGAUGCUGACCACCAUCGAGGGAAAACUGGUGGAGCUUCUGGAAAACGCAGAAAUGAUUCCGCGAGAACGCAUGAGUAUAGCUGAACGCGCCCAAGAGAAAGAGAGGAGAAUCAGAUUGCGUGAUGACAAGAUACGCUUGCAGAUGAUGCACCAGGAGGAAAGGCAGAGAAAAGCCAUGGAAAGAUCUAAUAAACGAUAAAACCAACAGCAAGAAAAUAAAAUAGAGUCUGAGACAUGCUAGAUGUUUCCUGAUCACGUGACUGCUUGCUUUAGAUUCCUUGGACCAAGUGUGAUGAUGGUCAGACUUUUUAUUUAGGCUGAAUCUUUGUCAUUUUAUAUUACACUGACAUCCAAAAUUAUUUUGUAUGUUAGUCUGUACUUGCCAUUUUUGUUGCUUUCAGGCAGGUGUAACCUUUUUUCUAACAGUUUGUGUUUGGUUGAUAUUGUCAGCACAACAAAGCUUCACAGUCAGUUUAUUACACAACACUGUGAAAAUCACACACGCAUGCAAAACCAGGAAAAGGAAUUAAAAGGAAUCCUAAAA